AUGUCGACUCUGGGAGGCCGCCGCGGGAUGAGGCCUAAAAUGAUGAUGCCGUUUGAUGCCCAGCCGCCUCAGCCGGUCAUCUCAGCUCACCCCAUCCACUCCCUGGACUCGCUCCAGCCUCAGCACUACCACAGCCUGGCCUCGCCCACGCGCACCUACCUGUACCACCCCCAGGCCAGUGGAGGGCGCUACCACCCCUGUGCCUCCCUCAUCGCUCACCUGUCCCGGGGCGAGUCUAUAGAGUCGGUGAGGAACACGCCGUGCUCGGACGCCCCUCCCCCGGCCUCCUCGCAGCUCUCGUCGCAGCUCUCCUCGCAGCUCUCGUCGCAGCUCUCGUCGCAGCUCUCGUCGCAGCUCUCGUCGCAGCUCUCGUCGCAGCUCUCCUCGCAGCUCUCCUCGCAGCUCUCCUCGCAGCUCUCCCCGCAGCUCUCCUCGCAGCUCUCCUCGCAGCUCUCCUCGCAGCUCUCCUCGCAGCUCUCCUCGCAGCUCUCCUCGCAGCUCUCCUGUCCCUCGGAGAUCACGGUGGACCCGGAGGGGAGCUACCACGGCAGCACCACGGAGGAGGAGGGCAGCUAUAGCGGCAGCCUGGCCCCUCUGCGCCCGGUGCACGCACACGCACACCCGCUGAAGAGCUUCGCAGUCCCCGCCAUCCCCCCGGGAGCCCACCCCUCCUACGAGAACCCCGCCCUGCCCUGCACGCCCCUGCUCACACAGAGCGUCGGGACUGACCUGGGCUUGUUCUCCCCCCUCUCCCCCCUCUCUUCCCCCCUGGCUCUCCUGCAGGUCCUGGCCUCCCUGACGCCCUCCUCCGCCUCGCGCAGUAACGCCCCCCCUCCUGUGCCUCUCCCGCAGAGCUACGAACCCGACGAGCUGACGGAGGAGAUGGCCCACCUGGAGGGCCUCAUGAAAGACCUGAACGCAAUCACCACCACGCCCUAG